UGCUCAAAUGCAAUGUACGGGUGUAAAGAGAGCACCGCGUACGGGAACAAAUUACUAAGCCAUGAGAAAGUGUGUGUUUUCGCGCCAUGUUCAUGCCCCGUUAAGAAUUGUAACUACAUUGGCUUGGAGCUGAGACGUGGUGCACACAAACGGAGUCCGGGUUACAUAUUCGGCUUGGAGCUGAGACGUUCUAUAAUAUUCUGCUUGGAGGAGGAUGUUCGUGAUCAGAUGGUCAUUUUUCAAGAAGAGAAAGAAGGUGAUGUGAUUGUAGUUGAAAGUUUCACCGGAUCAAAAGGGGUGUAUGUGACUGUGAGCCAUAUAGCGCCUGCGGUUCCGGGAGUGCGCAAAUUCUCCAGCAGCCUAGCCAGAAUCCAAGAGCAUAGCACACUAAGGCUGGGGUUGAGGGUGAAGAAUAUUCAGAAAUCGAGAAAGCUAGAAGAGCAGCCUGAAGAUGACUUUCUGUUGAUCCCAUCUUAUAUGUUGAGUGGUGUUCAUAUUAAGAUGGAGAUUUGA